AUGAAGAGUGAUCAGACACCUGCUUUCAGCCAGGAACCAUUACCAGAUGACAAUAAGGAAGUGGAGAGUUUGGACAGUGAGGAUGCAUUAAAGAUCACACACAUCCUUCUGGACAGCAGAAGUCAAACUCUGCUGACAGUCCAACAAGACAUUAAGGCUAAACACAAGUAUCAACACAUAUCUGAAGGAAUUGGACACCAUGGAAACCAAAGUCUGUUAAACGACAUCUACACAAAGCUCUACAUCACAGAGGGUGGAAGUGGAGGGCUCAAUAAUGAACAUGAGGUUAGACAGAUAGAGAUGGCAUCCAAGAAACAAACCACACAAGAGACACCAAUCAAAUGCAACGACAUCUUCAAGCCUUUACCUGGACAAGACAAACCUAUCAGAACUGUGCUGACAAAAGGAAUCGCUGGCAUUGGAAAAACAGUCUCUGUGCAGAAGUUCCUCCUUGACUGGGCAGAGGGAAAAGCAAAUCAGGACGUUCAUUUCAUGUUUCCUCUUCCUUUCCGUGAUCUGAACCUGAAAAAGGACCAAUACAGUCUGAUGCAACUUCUUUCCCACUACUUCUCAGAGCUGAAAGAGAUUGACAGCAUUGAAGAUGGUGAAACCAAAACUGUUUUCAUUUUUGAUGGUCUGGAUGAGUGUCGACUUCCUCUAGACUUCAUAAACAUUGAGAAGUGCUGUGAUGUCACGAAGCCAACCUCAGUGGCCGUGCUACUGACAAACCUCAUCAAGGGGAAUCUGCUUCCCUCUGCUCUCCUCUGGAUAACCACACGACCUGCAGCAGCCAAUAAGAUCCCUCCUGAGUGCGUUGACCAGGUGAUAGAGGUACGAGGGUUCAAUGAUCCACAGAAGGAGGAAUACUUCAGGAAGAAGAUCACAGAUCAGAAUCUGUCCAAUGAAAUCAUCAAACACAUAGAGGACUCAAGGAGCCUCCACAUCAUGUGCCACAUUCCAAUAUUCUGUUGGAUAUCAGCCACUGUCCUUGAGAUGAUGCUGAAAGAGGCAGAGAAGGAUGAUCUCCCCACAACUCUGACCCACAUGUACUCACAUUUCAUUCUCAUCCAAAUCAUUGUGAAGAACAAGAAGUACAACAAAGCCACAGAGACAAACCCAAAGGAACUGUCUCAGUCAGACAAAGAGAUGAUCCUGAAAAUGGCAAAGCUGGCUUUCCAACAGCUGCAGAAGGGCAACCUGAUCUUCUAUGAGGAGGACCUGAGAGAGUGUGGCCUUGAUGUCACAGAGGCAUCCGAGUACUCAGCAUUGUGUACAGAGAUCUUUAAAGAAGAAUCUGGGCUGUACCAAGACAAGGUCUACAGCUUUGUGCAUCUGAGCAUUCAGGAGUUUCUAGCAGCAGUGCAUGCUUUAGAAUCAUGUCUGGACAAGAAGGAAAAUGUUUUCUCCCCCACUAGUGAUGAUGAAGAGAAGGAGUCAAUCCAGUUGUCUGACUUACACAGGAGCGCAGUGGACCAGGCCUUGAAGAGUGAGAAUGGACACCUGGACCUGUUCCUCCGCUUCCUUCUGGGUCUCUCACUGGAGUCCAAUCAGAAUCUGUUACGAGGCCUUCUGACACAGACAGGAAGUACAACACAGACCAAUGAGGAAACAGUUAAGAGAACAGUCAGGUACCUUUCAGACAAGAUCAAGUACGAAUCCUCACCAGAAAGGGUCAUCAACUUGUUCCACUGUCUGAAUGAACUUGGUGACAAUUCUCUAGUUGAAGAGAUGCAGACCUCCAUGCGAUCAGGAACUCUUUCAAAAACAGAGCUAAAACCUGACCAAUGUUCAGCCCUGGCCUACCUGUUACUGAUGUCAGAGGAGGUGCUGGAGGAGUUUGACCUGAAGACAUACAACACAUCAGAGAAAGGUUAUCAGAGGUUGCUGCCGGUAGUGAAAACCUGCAAGAGAGCACUACUGGAUGGCUGUGAACUCGCAUAUGAAUCCUGUUCAACUCUGGCUUCAGCUUUGCAGACACCAAACUCCCCCCUGAGAGAACUGGACCUCAGCUACAAUGACCUGAAAGACAGAGGAGUGGAGCUGCUUGGACUAACCAGUCCACUCUGCAACAUACAGACACUAGUACUAGCUUGCUGUAAACUCACAUAUGAAUCCUGUGAGACUCUGGCCUCAGCUCUGCAGACACCAAACUCCCCCCUGAGAGAACUGGACCUCAGCUACAAUGACCUGGGAGACAGAGGAGUGGAGCUGCUCUGUGUUGGACUAACCAGUCCACUCUGCAACAUAGAGACACUUGUUCUAGGUCAGUGUGGUCUGACAGAGGGUUGCUGUUCAGAUCUGGCCUCAGUCCUGAGUUCACCCAACUCACAACUGAAACAACUGGAGCUGAGAGACAAUGACCUGCAGGACUCAGGAGUUACACUGCUGUCUGCUGGACUGGAGGAUCCAGACUGUAAACUACACACACUGGGGCUGUCUGGCUGUCUGGUCACAGAGGAGGGCUGUGCUGCUCUGUCUUCAGCUCUGAGGUCAAACCCCUCCCACCUGAAAGAGCUGGACCUAAGCUACAAUCACCCAGGAGACUCUGCAGGGGGACUGCUUUCAGCUGCACUGGUGGAUCCCACAUAUAAACUGAUGAAGCUGAAUGUGGAUCAUGGUGGAGAGUGCAGGCUGAAAUCAGGGCUGAGGAAAUAUGCCUGUCAUCUCACCCUGGACCCAAAUACAGCAAACCCAUUCCUGAUACUGUCUGAGGGGAACAGGAAGAUGACAUGGGUGGAAGAGAAGCAGCAUUAUGAAGACCAUCCAGACAGAUUUGACUAUCAUCCCCAAGUUCUCUGCAGAGAAGGCUUAUCUGGAUAUCGUUAUUACUGGGAGCUGAAGUGGGAUGGUGACAAGGUUUUCAUAGGUGUGGCGUACAAAAGAAUGAAGAGGAAUGACUUUAGUGUGAUUGGAAACAAUCAGGAGUCCUGGAGUUUUGUAGGCUAUAACAGUGGUUAUCACUUUUACCAUAAUGGAGUCAGCAGAAGAUACAUCAAUGGUCAUGUUUCUAACAGAGUUGGAGUAUUUCUGGACUGGCCAGCUGGUACUUUGUCCUUAUAUAGUGUGUCCUCCUCUGGUACACUGACACACCUUUACACAGAACACACCACAUUCACUGAACCCCUCUAUCCUGGGUUUGCGGUUUUCUCCUCCUCAGUGACUCUGUGUGAGAUAGAUGACCAACACAUUCAGAGGUGA